AUGGACGGUAGUCCCGCACCAACUCCGCCUACACGGACCACGAGCUUCCUGGAAAUCCAACGCCGAACGACUGAGCCUAUCGAAGACGAGGAGUCCAACGCACCAAACGAAGACGACCGACCUGCCAGCUCCAAUGGCUCCGCGCACAUUCGGAUGGAGUCGCCGGUGCGACCGCGGCUACCGAAACGAAAUACAAAUCGAGGUGCGAGCUCCAAGAGCAUAAGCGAAGCAUUGCGGAUGGCACGGUCAAGAGAAGAGCAAGAGACAUUGCUGGGUGAACAUGAAGAGGCGGACGAUGAUGGAUGCUAUCCUCCUAGGAAGAAUGCGGACCCGACUGUUCCUAAUCCGCAUGCCGACCUGCCGGUUUACACAACGAUACACAAGAUCAGACGGCUGGUCAUUGCGAGUAUAGAUGAUCCAUACAGCAAUGAACAGCUCAAGAGCCCUCGUAUGAACGUUGCUAUCGUCAGGCCUCUGAUCGAUCAUCUGUACGACCCAGACGAUGUCUCCGUUGUGUUUUGUUUGCUUGUCAAUCGAGCACAGUUCCUGCGAGAGCAAUCAUACCAAGCCCAUCAUCAGACUGUAAACAUUACAAGAGCUUCGCUGUGUGAAAUUGUGGCAGGGAGAAUAUUACGACGAUUCGAUGAAGACCACGAGGGACGCAGUGGACUCCUCAUGCUGGCACAUGUGCUUGUCGCUGGGUUCGAACCCUUUCAGAAUGGACCAGAGGAUAUCGUACGGCAGAAUCGGACAGAGCCUCAUUGGACGGUACGGUGGAAGCUGGCAAGAUCAGAGUACCAACGAAUGCUCACCGCGCUUGAAGUGGCUAUCGUGACGGAAGCAAAAGGAUUUCUCGCGACCUCUGCAUGCCAGAAGAUUGUUGAGAAUGUGUAUCGUGGCAGGAUCAUCUACACGCCGACAUCGUUCAUCGACAUAUUACCGGACCAUUACAAGAAUCGAGGCAUCACGCUGUACGACCCUAGGAGGGCACCGAUCUUGAACCAAUAUCGAUUGAUCGUCCCUCGCACAAGGAGUAUCAUCGAGACGUGCCAGUUCGUCAUUCUCCUGGUCUUGUACGUCCUCACGAUGACGAUGAAAGCCCGACACACAGGCCCCGAUCAUCUGAAGUUUAGAGUGCUUGAGCUCGUCUUCGUGGUAUACGCAAUAGGAUGGAACUUGGACGAAAUAGCCUCGAUUACUGAGCAUGGAUGGACCGUACACACCGAAAACCUGUGGUCAUUCCUCGACAUUGCCUUCGUGGUAAUCUUCUGGACAUAUUUCGGCGUCCGCGUCCACGGCCUUACCCACCACGACACAGAGUACUCUGUCCUCGCCGACCAAAUCCUGGCCAUGGGCGCUCCCGUCCUCCUCCCUCGCCUCGCCUUCUGCCUCAUGUCCGACAACAUGCUCUUCAUCUCGCUCCGCGCCAUGAUGGCCGACUUCACCUUCCUCACGGUCCUCGCCUGCUGGUGCUUCGGCGGCUUCAUCCUCGCCAUGGCCUGGCUCAGCGAAGGCCAAGAAGGCUUCCUCAAACACACCGUCAUCACAAUCUCCAAAUGGAUGCUCUGGAUCUGGUUCGGACUCGACGGCACAGGGAUCCAACGCUCCGUGGAAAUGCACUGGUUCCUCGGCCCCCUCCUCAUGAUCAUGUUCGCCUUUCUCGGCAACACCCUCUUCCUCACCAUCCUCGUCGCCAUGCUCUCCAACACCUACAACAACCUCUCCCGCAACGCCACCGCCGAAAUCGAAUUCCGCCGCGCAGUCCUCACCUUCGAAGGCGUCAAAUCCGACGCCAUCUUCGCCUACCGUCCCCCCUUCAACGUCCUCGCCCUCGUCUUCCUCCUCCCCCUCAAGUUCCUCUUAACCCCCCGCUGGUUCCACAAAGUCAACAUCACCGCCGUCCGCAUCCUCAACGCCCCCAUCCUCCUUAUCAUCUCCUGGUACGAACGCGCAUACCUCUGGAAGCGCACCGCCCGCAACAACCUCUCCCCCUCCCCGCGAAACCGCACCUGGCUCUCCGUCUGGGAGCGUUUCGGCGCGCACGGCGACUUGCAAGCAGUAUUCGACGCGGACCCCCCACAGGAGGUGCUGGACGAGAUGGAUGAUAUCGACGACGUGUUGACGAACGAUUGGAGCGACGGGAGGGACUACCUGAGUGUUUUGCGGGCGAGGAGGGGUAGUCGGAGUGUCAGUGAGGCGAGUGGGGUUUUCAGUGGGUUUAGCAGGAGUCGGAGCCGCAUGAAUGGGUUUAGGAGACGCGGGACGAGGGAUUUGCCGGAGCCUGAUGGCACGGAUGGGAAUGCGGCGGGGAGUGAGGAUGUAUAG